AGAACCACCAUAUCGAUCAAGCUCUCUCCCCACGACCUUCCAUGGCGACUCUAGGCUUCAAUCCUUCGAGAAUCAAAACCCCAACUUUUCAGUCUCGAAAACCCAUUCCCAAGUUCCAAUCUUUCUCACAACCCACUAAAAUCUCAUUUGUUGUCUCUCCAAAUCCGUCGAAAUACUACCAUCAUUUCAUACUCAACUCCAUAUCUGAAAGCUCUGUUUCGGCACCCAAGGAGUCCGAAUAUGAUGAAAUUGAAGACGACCCAACUUCAGAAUUGAGCUACCUUGACCCGGAGACAGAUCCCACGAGUAUUAAGGAGUGGGAAUUGGACUUUUGCUCUCGCCCAAUCCUUGAUGUGAGGGGGAAGAAGAUAUGGGAGCUUGUUGUGUGCGAUACUUCUCUUUCGCUUCAAUAUACGAAGUACUUUCCCAAUAAUGUUAUCAAUAGUAUUACUUUAAAGGAGGCUAUUGUGUCUAUUAGUGAGGAUUUGGGUGUCCCUAUGCCAGAAAAAGUUCGCUUCUUCAGGUCACAGAUGCAAACAAUUAUAACAAAAGCUUGUAAGGAGCUUGGUAUAAAGCCUGUUCCAAGUAAACGUUGUCUGUCACUACUUCUUUGGUUGGAAGAACGAUAUGAGACAGUUUAUAUGCGUCAUCCUGGAUUUCAGAAAGGUUCCAAGCCACUUUUGGCACUAGAUAAUCCCUUCCCAAUGGAACUUCCAGAGAACUUGUUUGGAGAUAAAUGGGCGUUUGUCCAGUUGCCUUUUUCAGCUGUUAAAGAAGAAAUCUCAACCUUGGAGGCAAGAUUUGUUUUUGGUGCUGGUCUAGAUUUGGAUUUAUUGGGGAUUGAAGUUGAUGACAAGACACUAAUUCCAGGACUUGCAGUUGCAUCCUCACGUGCAAAACCAUUGGGAGGUCCAUUUUGUCUCUGAUUUCCUCAUCUCCCAUAUCUAAGCAUGCCAUUCCAUGUUUGCAUUUGUUUAACAAUGGCACGUUGGCAUGGAGCUAUACCCAACAAAUCAGAAAUUUUAACCCAUUCUGGGAAAAUUGUUUAUCCCAAAUUCGUUUCUCAUCUAAUGUCUAGAUGUCUUAAUUUUGUUUUACUCAUUAUGGUUGUUUAGUUUCAUUUUGCAGCUUGGAUGAACGGACUGGAAGUUUGUUCUGUUGAAGCCGAUACGGCCCGUGCUUCUUUGAUUCUAUCUGUUGGAAUUUCUACACGUUAUGUUUAUGCAACUUAUAAGAAAACGCCAGUAACAACAAGCGAAGCUGAAGCUUGGGAAGCAGCAAAGAAGGCUUGUGGAGGUUUGCAUUUCCUUGCUGUCCAGGAUGAUUUAGAUUCAGAUGAUUGCGUUGGAUUUUGGCUUUUAUUGGACUUACCUCCUCCACCUGUGUAAUUAACAUGAGACUUUACCAUGAUAAAAAAUGCAUUAUGAGAUUUCCUUUUGCAAUUCUACUAAUGAGCUUCUGGAAGGAAAAUUCAAAGAAAAAUACAGCUUGUCAGAUCCCCUUGGAGGGCAGGCUCUACCGUCCUCAAAAAUCAUUCAAAUUUGAGGAAAACAGGGGAAUGCAAUUUGAAUUGGGAUUUCUUCUCUUGUAAUCUUGACAAGUAGUGAAUUCUGUCCAUUUUCUGCAUCUGCAGGUGCAUAACACGAAGGUCCUGGAAAGAAUUGGUUCA